AUGGGUCAAGAACAAGCAGCUGAGAAAUACUUUGCAGAGUUUCUCGAGUCGGCUGGGCUAACUCCGACAACGCUAGAUGCGAUGCACUGCUCUCUUACCAAGGGACCUAGCCUGCCUACCCAGAAUUUUUAUUCCUUGCUAAUAGCGUUCGCCAUUUUCCUCCAAACUAAAAAGAGCAACAGAGCACGUUCGGGAGAUGGAUUGUUGGCUAAGUCUACGGCGCUAGGCUACUUUUCUCAGACUCUCAAUAUGCUACGAGAACGCAACAUUGAAGAGCGCAACUUACGAACCAAUGUCCAGACCAACGAUGCACCAGGAUGUACUGUCAACGAUUUGUGUGUAUUAGUUGAGCACUUAGUCGUGAAUGCAGAGGUGGCUACCGGGCUCAAGUCUAUUCUCGAUGCUGCUCUCCUAAACAUGAUGUGGCACACUUUCGGCCGAGCGAUCGACACCUGCUUUGCUCGUAAACAGCAGCUCUCACUAUCUGCCUCUGGGGAACUCUUUCUUCACAUAGCGCGCAUCAAGACGUCCGUUGUGCAAGGCGUGUCGAUCUUCAAGUCCCCUGAGCGCUGGCAGCAAUGCAUGCUCCACGCAUUUGGCUUGCUCUUCGUUUGCUGUGAUGAACCCUCGGAGUACCUGUUCCCGUUGGUGCCGCGGUAUGCUGAGUCCGAUCUCCCUGGAGGACAGACCUACACGCAAGAAGCGGUCUUGUAUUGGGAAAGCCUGGAACAUACGACAGAAACUACAACCCAACCACCGCUAAGACGUGAACGAAAGAGACCCAACAUCGCAAGCUAUAUCACAGAGGUUAUUCGAGAUGCUUUAAAGCAAAUGCAGCCUACCACCUUGCAAGCAAUCACGCCCAACAUGACAAGCCACUCCCUGCGGCGUGGCGCAGCGGCGUAUGCCAAUGCAUCGCCGAAGCUUGCAAUACAGUGGAUCUCCACGCGUGGUGCGUGGCUCUUGGAAUCGCUGACCGAAGCAUUUGCCUAU